AAAAAAAAGCUGCUUCCGAAACGGAAGCACUAUAUUUAUACGUGUUUAUUUUUAAAAAUCGCAGUUUCGUGUGAGUUUGUGAAAAGUGUCGUGUUCAUUUUGAUUCCAGGACACAUUGUGAUAAGUAAAACAAAUUCAAUCGUGUCCCGAGUCAGUCCUCUAUGUCCAUCUUGUGUUUGCCGUCGAUGUAAAUGUACCCAGCACAUUCGUCUCUCCAGCGAACAUUGUUUAUUUGUUUAAAAAUCGACCCCAAAAUAUCAAAUUCACCACGCAAUACGUCUCGUUCUACUCAGAUAACCGUGUCUAAAUUAGUUCCCACGUAUACAACGUUACUCGUUUGUUGUUCGAAUAGAAUAGUAUCGCUGAAUGUCGUGUCGAAUCUGCAGCGUCGAAUAAGCAGGCUAGCGCUCCAUAGUGGUGUAUUGUGGGAGAGACCCAGAGAGAAAGCCCAGGCUAGAGACACACAAUAUGUGUUGGCUCGCAAAAAAAGAGGCAGUAUCUUCAAACCAUGUAAUGUAAAUCAGCGAACGCGUACACAAUUGAUUAUAAAACUAAUCGAUCGGACACGUUAAAAUGUCCAGACCCGGAGAGAGAAGCAGAGGAGAUGAAGAUCACGGGAAAAGGCAGAGUUCAAGUUUGGCGAACGGCAGCACGGACAACAGCUCGGGAGAGAAACGGAGAGAGCACCACUGGAGAAGUUACAAGUUGAUUAUUGACCCGGCGCUAAGAAAAGGCUCACACAAACUGUACCGAUACGAUGGACAACAUUUCAACGUACCGAAUCCCGGGAUCCCUCCGGUGGACAUGGUCAGGGACCCACGGAUCGGUCGCUUGUGGACCAGGUACAAGGAGACCGACUUACCUGUGCCGAAGUUUAAGAUUGAUGAAUGCUACGUUGGUCGCGUGCCUCCGAAGGAAGUGACGUUCGCGAGGCUGAACGACAACAUCCGGGAGGGUUUUCUUAGCGACAUGUGCCAGAAAUAUGGCGAGAUCGAGCAGGUGGAAAUUCUAUACAAUCCGAAAAAUAAGAAGCACCUGGGCAUCGCUAAAGUGGUGUUUGGCUCCGUGAAAGCGGCCAAGGACGCGGUGCAGAAUUUACACAACACCUCUGUGAUGGGGAACAUCAUCCACGCAGAGCUCGACCCCAAAGGUGAGAAUCGGCUGCGUUAUGUCCAGAGACUUAUAAACGGGAGCUUUACACCCUUGACAGUGCCAGUGGGAGACGAGGAGACGAGUGAGGUGUCACCACGUAGCCUGGCUGAGGCUCUGCUGUCAUCUUGCGAACCGUUACGUCGCCUCUCUGAAAGUGGGUCCACCAGCACAAGCACCCCACUCUCCAUGGACACAGCCUAUUCAAGCCUCAGACAGGAUGCUACACCCCAGUCACAGACAACACCUAUCACGCCCCGCCCUUCUGGCACACCCUUCUCUCAGGACUCUGCUUACUCUGGCAGGCAGGCCACACCGACCUUCCAGCGCUCCCGGAGGCAUGAGACCAAAUUCCAGGAUGCAUACAACCGUCGUCCAGAGAGGCAUUAUGUUCACGGGGGUUACCGCGGCAAUGCAGAAAAGCCUAACCUGCCACCUGAAGCUCCACCUCCACCCGUCACCCCCAAUUUUAAGCCUGCAUUCUCACCGUACCAGCCCCCCAUGCCCCCUGUUUACCCCCCUGCUGAGCCUCAGUUUCAACAGUCAGAAUACAGACACCCUCCUCCUCAAGCCCCGCCUCCUACGAAGCCCGAAUUUCAACCAGAACCGCCUCCUAUGCCCGAGGAAACACGACCUGCCACGCCUAUCUCCUGUCCCUCCCCCUCCCCAGGCACACCCACUUUGGAGGCAGAGCGUCAUAGCCUGGACUCACGAAUUGAGAUGCUGCUGAAGGAAAAGCGGACAAAGUUGCCAUUCCUAAAUGAAGGUGGAGACUCAGACGGAGAGGUGCGCAUGGAGGGCAGUCCCAUCUCGUCCUCCUCCUCUCAGCUAUCCCCCAUCCCACCCUCGUCUGCCACCCUGCGCACACCCCGUCCACCAAGCACCGGCCUCGAGGAUAUCAGCCCCACCCCACUGCCUGACUCAGAUGAUGAAGAGCCCAUCGCAGGCACUGCCUCUGCUAUACAACACCCACAGAGCGCCUCACCUUCAAACACACACAAUGUGGGUGGGCCACAUACCCCAACAGACAAAGUGGAUACGGGUAACCAGUCAUCGGGGGAGGAUAUGGAAAUCUCUGAUGAUGAAAUGCCAGGCACACCCAACUCCAGCGACUGCGCUAAGGGCAUUGUGGUGAACUCGGCCCUGUCCCCGAUAACCCCUCAGUCCAUGCCACUUCCGCCACCUGGCUUCCCCCCUCUGCCCCCUCCUCAGCCUGCAUACUCUAUACACCCUUCUCACUUGCCCCCCCAUCUCUCUGCCCCACCUCCAAUGCUGCCUCCAAUGCAUCCAUACCCACCGGGCAUGAUGGCCAUGAUGCCUGUGGAUCUGAUGAGCUGUUUGCCUCAGUGGGGCAGCGUGCACAUGUCAUUUCAGAUGCAGACGCAAAUGCUGAGCCGAAUGGCACAGAGCCAGCGCGCUUACACUUACCCACAGUUCCUAGGGGGAACGACCACAGCAAGUGCGGGCGCCAUGCAGUUCAGCAGUCCCUACCAACCCUUGUCCAUGGUGAACACUCCCAGUGGUGGACACACACAGUCCUGGCAUUUACCUAGCAUGCCCAAGUUUAACCCAUCAGUGCCACCGCCUGGCUAUGAGCUGAAGAAAGAAGACCCUCACAAAGCCACGGUUGACGGUGUGCUCAUGGUCAUUGUCAAAGAGCUGAAGGCCAUCAUGAAGAGAGACCUCAACCGCAAGAUGGUAGAAGUGGUGGCCUUCAGAGCCUUUGAUGAAUGGUGGGAGAGGAAGGAGCGAUCUGCCAAGGCGACGUCCACCCCAGUAAAGACAGGCGAGGGGAAGGAGGACGAUAAGGAGCGAGUGAAACCGAAAGAGACGUUAGCUUCCAGUUUGUUGGAGACAUGGGGUAAAGGCGAGGGUCUGGGUUACGAGGGCAUGGGUCUGGGUAUCGGUUUGCGAGGUGCCAUCCGCCUUCCGUCCUUCAAGGUGAAGAGGAAAGAGCCCCCAGACCCCAUUUCCACAGGAGAGAGUAAGAGAGCUCGUCUGUCCACACCCGUAGACGAUGAGCUGGAGGAUGAAGAGUCGGAGAGAGCAGAUGCCCCCUCAGACGGCACCCGAGUGGAUGACGCAUCCUCCACCAAACGAAGGCAUGCGCGUCCUGUGGAGCUGGAUAGUGAAGGAGAGGAGGAAGAGGAUGAGGAAGAGGAGGAGACAGGCAAGGAGGAGUCGUCUGUGUCCGAGCAAGAGGACGAGGCCAAUGUCGAUGUCUCAGAGACACUGUCCUCUAGCAAAGAGGCAGAAGAGGAUGUCGAUGAUCAUGAAGACGGGAGCGAGUCUGAGAGUGAGAGCAGUUCUUCUGACUCGUCUGAUGAAGGAAGCACCAGCUCGAUGUCUUCUCAGUCCGACGCUGACUCCUCUGAGAGCGACAGCUCUGACUACGAGUCCAGCUCAGAUGAGAAAGAGGACGAGGAGGAAGCUGAUGAGCAAAAAGCACACAAGGUCUCCAUGGAUACAGAAGAUGAAGAUAAGGAGGUGCCGUCAUCGUCGUCUUCCUCGUCCUCACCUUCCUCAUCCUUUGAGGAAGAGGCAGAGAUGGAGGCUCCUAGCACACCUGCGGCUCCUGUGGAAGAGGAGAGUGAGGUAGCACAGCUCGAGGCAGAGGAGGCAGGGAGCUCAGUCACUGCUGCUCAGGACAGUCUGCGGCAACUGUCACCUAAAGGACUUAAAGCAGAAGAGUUAGACAUUGAUCUGGAGGUAAGAAAGAUGGAACCCCUCCUGGAAGGCUUAGGGACUCUGAGGCCUCCAACCCCGCCCCAUGCAGAGGAAGAGGAAGUGCCUCGGACUCCAGGUCGUGAUGUCCCUGUCCCUUUAGAAGCAGAGACAUCCACUAUUCACCUGCCUCUCCCCCCUGCUCAUUCUGUCCUCCCGCCUCCACGCCUCUCAAGCGACGAGGACGUUCCUCGCACACCAGGUCGUGACCUUCCUCACCGUUUCAGCAAAUCACAGAGCAGUGAAACAGCACCAACUACACCUACCAUACCUGCUACACCUGGCACACCUAGUGAAGCCCCUCCCACAGGAAGCAGCUUGUCUCUCAGCAGCCCGUUCCCUUACCCUCUCGUCAGUGCCGGCAUCCCUCCCACGCCUGGCCGGGAUCUGAACUUUACCCCCGUUUUCCCAGACUCCCCUGCUGCUCUUCCGCUUCAAAGGAAGUCCUCCUCAGAAAAGCCGUUGUUCAAAGAACCUGGCAGUGCCACUUCCUGUUCUUCUUCCCCGCUUCCUGUUGUUCCAUCUUCUUGUUUAGAUGCUGCUACUGUGCCAACUAUUCAGCACGUUUCAUCAAUAGAACUUUCUGUGCUUGACGAUUCUGCUUCUGCAAAGAAGAAACCGGGCCGACCCAGAAAGCCUGCCAUUGCUGAACUUGAGGAUGCCCAAGAACUUCAUGAGGCAAUGCUGUCCCUUCCUACAGACCUCCCGGUGAAGGACCUGUUACCCAAAUCUGAAGCAUUACCAGAAGUGCUUCGGGAGGCAGAUGGCUCGGCAGCAUUGGCUCAGAAGGAGAAGGAAGAAAAAGUUGAAGAGGAACACAAGGAAAUAAAGAAGGAGGUGAAGGAUGAAGUACAGGAUGUGGAACAGACAGUUAUCUUUGAAGAGCCGCUACAGAAAACACGGGGUCAGAGGCGGAGCUGGGAGGAGCUCCUCCUCACCAUGCACCCUACCGUGAGGUCACCUCCACGGCCUCGAUUCCUGCCACGGUCUGAGUUUGAGGAGAUGACCAUCCUGUAUGACAUCUGGAACGAAGGCAUUGAUGAAGAGGACAUUCUCUAUCUCAAAAUCACCUAUGAAAAAAUGUUGCAGCAGGAUAACGGCCAUGACUGGCUCAACGACACACUCUGGGUUCCUCACCCUCUUACCAGCAGUGGCAGCCUGCCUGGGGGUAAGAAAAAACGGCGAGAUGAUGGUAUGCGUGAUCAUGUGACUGGCUGUGCGCGUAGCGAGGGCUACUACAAAAUCGACAAAAAGGACAAAAUUAAAUACCUAAACAGCACUCGGUUACAGUCAGACGAGCCUGAUAAAGAUAUGCAGGGCCGGAUGAUCCCGGCUCAGCCUCACGCCUCAACACGAGCAGGCUCGGAGCGACGCUCUGAACAGCGCCGCCUGCUGUCCUCAUUCAGCUGUGACAGCGACCUGCUCAAAUUCAACCAGCUUAAGUUCCGUAAGAAGAAGAUCCGAUUCUGUAAGAGUCACAUUCAUGACUGGGGUCUGUUUGCCAUGGAGCCCAUCGCUGCUGAUGAGAUGGUUAUUGAAUACGUCGGACAGAAUAUCAGACAGGUGAUCGCGGACAUGAGAGAGAAGCGUUACGAGGAGGAAGGCAUCGGCAGCAGCUACAUGUUCCGUGUUGAUCAUGACACCAUCAUCGAUGCUACAAAGUGUGGAAACUUUGCCCGCUUCAUCAACCAUAGCUGCAACCCGAACUGCUACGCCAAGGUAAUUACGGUGGAGUCUCAGAAGAAGAUUGUAAUCUACUCUCGCCAACCGAUCAACGUCAAUGAGGAGAUUACCUACGACUACAAGUUCCCCAUCGAGGACGAGAAGAUCCCUUGUCUGUGCGGAGCCGAGAACUGCAGGGGGACGCUGAACUAGCGCUGUCGAGCGGCGCAAAGCAGGGAUGGUGUUGAGGGUAACACACACACCUUCCACCCUCCACUCUGCAGUCAGAGCAGCUACGUGUGUAGGGCUUUUUAUACCAAUAAAUCCAUCCAAUGAUUGUUUACACACCGGUGCUCUUUAGACCACAACAUGAAUUUUCUACCACUCUUCCACUGAGAGAGAAGGACGGCCACCCCAGUCACCCUUCCCUUUCCAACCUCUACACACUAUUCGUUGUGUAUUAGGAGGGUCUUCGCCCAUCCACUUGCUUCUUUCCUUUUUUUUAAACAGACCUUUCAGAUUUCUAUACUGUACACCCUUAAGGAUCCACACGGGCCCAGGCCUGUUGGCCACUAUGCGCACACAAAUCCAGACACACUACUCAAACCUAAGGCUUGCUCACACACGUCUUCUCGCACAGUUCUGUCAUCUUCUACAAGUUUCCAACAGUGUUUGUUUGUUUUUUUGCCCCAUUUGCUUAUUUAAUGCCUUUUGAAGUUGCUGUGUUUUGCAUGUUUGUGUAAGUGUGUGCUGUCCCCUGCUGGCUGUCUACUGUAAUUAUCAGUCUUUGGAAUUAUAGCAAGGACAUUUUGUUUGCAAAACAAAUAAACAAAUUGCACACAGAUAGAGAGAGAGAGAGAGAGAGAGAGAGAGAGAUGACUAGACCAGGUCAGACAGCAUCUUCUGCUCAAUCUGUACUAAGUAUUUAACCGUGUCACAUUGUGAUAAUACGGCAUUAAUUAUAGUUUAAUAUAUUAUCACAAAAACAUAUUGUAUUGGUGGGAUGGUUCUGUCUGUUGGCUAAACAUAUGGAAAGCUCAUGAAGAACACCAAAAAAAGGGACCUUAGAGGACAGAGGAAGAGUCUGCCGUAGUAAAAGUGCUAAACAUUUCACGGUUUUAACGUCCAGCAAAUGAUAAGCUUGAGUACUUUAAGCUUUACUUAAGUACUUUAAGAUUACAGUAAGAAAGUUGGUGUUUCUGAAGACAUGCAUUUUGAGAUUGUUUAUUCUAUAUCCAUAGAGCUGCUUUAAUACACCAUCUUUUUUUUUUUUUACACCCGUUUAAAGCUGAAUGCUUGGUUACUAAUACCUAGUAUUAAUACUCUUACUCACACACACACAUGCAAUGUAUUAAUCAAACACAAUGGCAUCUAGUUACAGAUUUCAAGCUUUAUCUUACUGGUCUUUCCUCUAGUGCUUAUUUUACACACUGCACAAUCGUCACUUGUCUCACCUGUACAGUAUUUUGUCCUUUGAGCUAUAUUAUGCUUCCUCAUGCUCAGUGAUGGAACGUAGCAUCAUGCUAAUUAGCUAAAUGCUAAGGACAGGAAGUGAUUUAUAUUUGGUGCCAAUUUUUCUCCCUGGGUACAUUCUAAGCAGCACAAGCUGCUUUCCAAACCCUGCUGUGUUAUCUCAGUAAGAAUGUGUGUGUGUUCUGUUUGUAACACUAGUACUUUAUUCCUUCUUGCCUCCUUUCUUCUCAUGCUCCCAACAGGGUGGGCGUGUCUGUCUGUCUCUCUCUCUCUCUCUCACUCUGCGUUUAUGUUCAUAUUGUACAGAUGAAAUGUUUGUACAAAGGAUAGGGGACUUUUUAUUGCGAUACAGUGAGACAUUGAGUAUCGGUGCAUCUUUUUUUACCAGCAGAACUAAUUUGAGAUGAGAUGAUUAUUUUUGGGAGAGAUGAUGUGUCAGGCUCUCCAUUUAAAGAUUGUUUCUUGUAGAAACGUCUUUUUUUCUGCCUGCUUUCCUUCAGUGUAAAUACUCAGACUGUGAAUAUAUAAAUAAGUGUAUAUGUAUAUAUGUAUAUGUAUAUAUACAUAUAUAUAUAUAUUGGAGGUGAGGGCUCGCUUGGCGCCACAGAGAGCGCGUGCAGGAUUUCAGCUUGUGUCAAGCUUUAUUUUUUAUUAUUUUUCAGUUUGUAAAUUCUAUGAAAGCAGUUUGACGUGUGUGAUGGAGGGAGGAUGACAAUGCUGCAUCGCUCCCUGACUAUUUAUUACACAAAAGUAUGAAAAACAGAUCAUUGACAAAAAAUAAAGGAUGUUUUUUCUUUUUUGAA